AUGGCUUCUAAUUUUCUCACAGAAUUUUCAUCAAAUUCAAUUAUCUUAGAACGUGUUACUAAUUUAAAUGCACAACAUAUUGAUUUAGUUCAUUGUCCAAUUUGUUGUAAUAUUUUAUGGAAACCUGUAGCAUGUAAUUUAUGUGAAAAUUCUUUUUGUUAUCAAUGUAUUGAAAAAUGGUUAUUUGAACAACAAGAACAAAUAAUUGAAUAUAUUGAUAAUGAUAAUGAUAAUGAAAAUGAUUAUUUGAUAAAAUCAUUAUCUUUAACUCGAUGUCCAUUUAAUUGUUCGCCUUAUAAAGAACGAAAAUGUUCACCAUUAUUAACGUCAAUUUUAUCAAAAUUAACAAUUGAAUGUCGAAAUAAACUCUAUGGUUGUCAAGAAAUUCUUCUUUAUGAACAAUUAGAAAAACAUGAAGAAGAAUUUUGUCAAUAUAAAAUCAUUCAAUGUUCAGGUUGUAAACAAGAUAUGUUUAAAUCAAUUUUUGAUAAAGAACACUUAUUAAAUUGUCCUUAUAUUGAAUUAGAAUGUAAAAAAUGUCAAAGUAUAUUUAAACGAAAAGAUAAACAUAAUAAAUUUGAUUGUAUGGAACAGCAAAUAUGUUUAUUAAAACAAAAUAUAAUUACAUGUGAACAAAAAUCUUUGAAAAUAUUCGAUAUUCAAAGAAAAAAAACUGAUAUACUUGAUGAAAAAUUUGCUAUCAUUGAAGAAAUCUAUGGACAUGACAAUGAUACAGAUGAUCAUGAUGAUCAACAGACAAACAAAAUAAUAAAUUCUAUUGAAAUGUUGACUCAAUUAUUUAGUUUUCAAUUAAUCAAAAUAUGGCAAAUAAUGAUUGCAAUUGGAUUAAUCAUAUUCAUUUUAUUAAUAUAA